UGACGUUCCUGUCCAUUCCAUUCGUCUGGCCCACAUCUCUCAGGUGUUGUCUUUCAUCGUCCGCCACACGAACCGUCGGCGCCAUCGAACACAACAUCGAAACACCAUCGACAACAGCCAUGACCCCCAAAUCACCACCCGGAUACGUCGUCGCCUCGCUGGCCGUUUCCCUUGGCGGCCUCAUCAACGGCUAUGACACCGGGUCGAUCGGCGCCGUGGUUUCCAUGUCGCAGUUUGAAAAUACAAUUGGUACCCUCUCUCCGACCCUCGUCGGCUUCACGGUAUCACUCAUAAUGCUGGCCGGGGCGGUCCCUUCCGUCUUCGCCGGCUGGCUGGCGGACCACCAUGGGCGGCUUCAAAUCGUGUUACUGGGCACUGUAACCUUCUGCGUCGGAGCGUUGCUCCAGGGUACUGCGUACGGCCUCCCGCAAUUCCUUAUUGGGAGGACGAUUGCUGGGCUCGGCGAGGGCGUCUAUCUGAGUAACAUGGCCGUAUACAUCUCAGAAAUAUCCCCCACGAAGAGCCGGGGUAUCCUGGCCGGCUUGCCGCAAUUCAUGUCCACGGCUGGGAUCUGCAUCGGCUACUUCACGUGCUAUGGGAGCGUCUACAUGCGUGAGUCCAGCAUGGCGUGGAGGCUACCGUUCAUCAUCAUGGCUCUAAUGUCUGUGGUCUUGAUCGGGUGCUGCAUCAAGCUUCCCGAGUCUCCGAGAUGGUCCAUGAGCCGUGGUGACCGUCAAGCUGCCCUGGAUGCACUUCGGAGGCUUGACUUCUCGAUGGCGGAGGCCGAAAGGACCUUCAUGAGCGCUGGCGCCACCGCCGAGCAAAGAGUCAGCUUGACACUCUGGCAGAGUAUCGCAAUUUUGUUCAGAAGGGGAUACCGGACCAGGACCAUGCUGGCGUUAUUCGUGCUGGGCAUGGUCCAGCUUUCGGGAAUCGACGGUGUGCUUUACUAUGCACCCCUGUUGUUCUCACAAGCUGGACUUUCUUCGAACACCGCAUCAUUCCUUGCAUCAGGAGUAUCUGCAAUACUCAUGCUGGCGAUUUCCGUCCCUGCUUUCUUACUGGCGGACAAGUGGGGACGACGCACGUCGGCCAUUACAGGCGGCAUUGGCCUUUCUGGCAUCAUGUUUUUGAUCGGAUCACUGUAUGCCGCGGAUGCCGUGCAUCCAUUCGGAAUUGCUAGAUGGGUAGUUAUUGUUUCUGUUUUCCUGUUCGGCCUCAUUUACUGUGCAACCUGGGGCAUUGUGGGCAAGAUCUAUGCAACCGAGAUACAGCCGACACACGUCAGGGCUGCUGCAAACUGUGUGGCCCAAGGGCUUGGAUUUUUCACCAAUUGGUUCGUUGCCAUGAUCACCCCCAUCCUACUCGACAAGUCAGCGUUCAGCGCGUAUUUUCUCUUCGGCGGUCUCGCGUUGUUCACAGUGGCAGUCCUCGGAGCUUGCAUGCCUGAGACCCGGGGCCGCUCGCUAGAAGACAUCCAGCAAGCCUUCCACCAUCCUGCUCUUGGGAGCCUUACGUCAAGGCUCAAAUCCUUUGGCCGUCGCGGAGACAGGGCUGCGAUCGGCACACCGAUCUCUAGCUCAGGUGACCGUGACGAUCUUGAGCUACGACCGUCCGCCAUGGAUCAUAGAAAUGCCAUUCAGAGGGUGUCAACGGCAAAUACCAUUGGCACCAUGGCGAGAGGGCUGCGGUUUGAUACACCAGUAGCUUAG